GACCCUGCCCACCAACCUUAGCAUUAUUAAUAACGUGAUUGCUUGCAACACAUUUCAAUGCUCACAUAACAUGGACCCAGAAAUUAAAUUAAAUAUGUUUCCUUUUCUUCUUAUUAUUAUCCUCUCCUUGUCAUGGAGAAUUAGUGCUUCAGCUCAACCUGCUGAGGAAUUUCUUCGUUGCCUUUCCAUUCGUUUUCACAACUCUUCGUCUAUUGCGAAGCUCGUUUACACACACCAUAAUUCUUCUUACUUCUCUGUUUUGAAAUCAUCUGCUCAAAAUUUCAGGUUCACAACACCUUCUACGUCUACACCUUUGGCCAUUGUAACACCAUUCCACGCAUCCCACAUCCAAGCAACAGUUUAUUGUUGUAGAAAACAUGGACUGCAAGUCAGAACUCGGAGUGGGGGUCAUGACUUUGAGGGUCUUUCUUAUACUACAGCUUAUAAAGUUCCGUUUGUGGUCAUCGAUUUGGUGAAUCUCCGAUCAGUUCAGGUUAACGUUGAAAAAGCUACGGGAUGGGUUGAAUCUGGUGCAACUGUUGGUGAAUUAUACUAUGAAAUUGCUCGGAAAUCUAGAACUCUUGCCUUUCCUGCUGGUAUCGGCCACACAGUGGGCAUUGGUGGACAAUUGAGUGGAGGUGGCUUGGGCUCAUUGUUUCGAAAAUAUGGUCUUGCCUCAGAUAAUGUAAUCGACGCUCGUUUAAUUGAUGCUUAUGGGAGAAUUCUUGAUAAAAAAUCGAUGGGAGAAGAUCUGUUUUGGGCCAUUCGGGGAGGUGGUGGGGGUAGCUUUGGGAUAGUUCUUGCAUGGAAAUUGAAAUUGGUUCCAGUUCCAGCUAAUGUUACUGCUUGUACAGUGAGCAAAACGCUAGAGCAAAAUGCAACCAAACUGGUUCAUCAGUGGCAGUCUAUUGCGCGCAAAUUUCCCAAAGAAAUACAAUCGAGUAUUGCCAUAGCAAGGGUGAAUUCAAGUGAAGAUGGGAAGAUGACGAUUCAAGCAAGUUACGGUUCCGUGUUUCUUGGAAGCAUUGAUGAGCUUAUUCCAUUGAUGGAAGAGAAAUUCCCUGAACUUGGACUAGUGAAAGAAGAUUGCUUGGAGAUGACUUGGGCUGAAUCUGUUCUCUACAGUGCCCUGUCUAUAAUCGGAUUACCAUUGGAAACUUUACUUAAUAGGACUCAAAAGUCAGCUCUUUCGCAAACAUUCUUCAAAGCAAAAUCUGACUUCGUAAAACAACCUAUUUCUGAAUCGGGGUUCGAAGGAUUAUGGCCCAAGUUUUACGAGGAUGAAGCAAAAUCCGCAGUUAUGGUAUUGGUGGCUUAUGGAGGCAAAAUGGAUGAGAUUCCUGAGACCGAAUAUCCAUAUCCUCACAGAGCUGGCAACCUCUAUAGCAUCUUAUACGUGGUGAAUUGGGAAGAAGAGGAAAACAAAAACUCUGAAAAGUUCAUGAAUUGGAUGAGGAGAGUUUACAGUUACAUGACUCCCUACGUUUCAAAAUCACCACGGGAAGCAUAUGUGAAUUACAGAGAUCUUGACAUCGGGACUAACAAAUUUAACGACGAAAAAGGAAGCUAUACAGAAGGUAAGGUUUGGGGUCUUAAAUAUUUUAAGAACAACUUCGACAGGUUGGUGUAUGUAAAGACAAAGGUUGAUCCCCAAAACUUCUUCAGUCACGAACAAAGCAUCCCUCCUCUUUCUUAAUUUCGAAGUGUAGAAUUUCUAACAGAAAUUUAUGGAUGAUGUUUUUAUAUAUCAUAUAGAAUUUGUUUUAAAAUACUUUUAUAAUACUAAAUUACAUGUCAUUCAUAAA